AUGGCUGCCCCCGGCCGAUGCGGAGCUAGGCUUGCUCGGUGGGUGUUGGGGGUCUGGUGGCUGGGCCCAGCCACCGCGAGGGGGUGGACAGCCCCGCUCCGGUCACUUCUAGGCCAUCAGAAGAGGGGCGUAGGCACUACUUUCUCUGGUCCCCGCCUGGCCUCGGCUUCUCGCCGUUAUGGCCAGGGCUCAGCCCUGGACCGCUUCCUCGGAUUCCCUCAGCCCGACAGUUCGCUGAUUUCUUGCGUCCCCGCGGUGUCAAUGUACAGAGGUGAACAGGAUCUCCUCUUGGUCCAGUCCCCUGACAUGCCUGAGAAUCCCCGGAUCCUACGAGUGGUACUCCUGGGAACCCCAAAUGCAGGGAAGUCAACGCUCUCCAACCAACUGCUAGGCCGAAAAAUAUUCCCUGUCUCCAAAAAGGUGCACACCACACGCUGCCAAGCUCUGGGUGUUAUCACAGAGAAGGAGGCCCAGGUGAUUCUACUUGACACACCUGGUAUCAUCAGUCCUGUUAAACAGAAAAGGCAUCAUCUGGAGUGCUCUUUGUUGGAAGAUCCAUGGAAGAGCAUGGAAUCUGCUGAUCUUGUUGUAGUUCUUGUGGAUGUCUCAGAUAAGUGGACUCGGAACCAGCUCAGUCCCCAGUUGCUCCAGUGUUUGACCCAGUUCUCCCAGAUCCCCAGUAUCCUUGUCUUGAACAAGGUAGAUUGCCUAAAACAGAAGUCAGUUCUCCUAGAACUCACAGCAGCCCUUACUGAAGGUAUAGUCAAUGGUAAGAAGCUCAAUAUGAGGCAGGCCUUCUGUUCAUACCCUGGCACCCAUUGCCCCAGCCCAGCAGCUAAAGACCCAAACACACAGCCUGUGGCAAACCCUCAGAGGAUCGGCUGGCCCUACUUCCAAGAGAUCUUCAUGUUAUCAGCCCUAAGCCAGGCGGAUGUGAAUAUACUAAAGCAAUACCUCCUGGCACAGGCCCAGCCAGGCCCCUGGGAGUUCCACAGUGAAGUCCUCACCAACCAAACACCUGAAGAGAUCUGCACCAACAAAGUCCGAGAGAAGCUCCUAGAGCAUCUACCAGAGGAGGUGCCCUACAGUGUACAGCAGAAGACAGUAUUGUGGGAGGAAGGACCAAGUGGGGAGCUAGUGAUCCAACAGAACCUUCUGGUGUCCAAAGAAUCUCAUAUGAGAAUACUGAUUGGUCAGAAGGGCCAUCUGAUCUCCCAGAUUGCACAGGAGGUGGGCCGCGACCUCAUGGACAUCUUCCUCUGUGAAGUUCACAUCCGUCUCUCUGUGAAACUUCUCAAAUGACCACCCUUUAUUGCCCCUUCCAGGGCAUUCCAUCUCAAGUUGCUGACAGUAGUCAUUGACUAGAACUGCCUCUGCCUAGGGAGUCUGCAGGGCCUGGUGAGGGGCACGGACACUGGCCAGCUGCUAGCUGGCCUGGCUUUGCUGAGUCUCUGCCCAGCCUUGUGUCCUUUGGAGGAACGAACUUGCCUUACCUCAGUUCCUGGGUAGUUCCUUUGUUUGGGGCCACUACUACAUAGAUCUCAGAAGUUGGCCCUGUGGUGAGAACAGUGGCCUUCUGCCCCAGCUGGCAUUGGGCCCAAAGUCUCCCUGUGUUGCCAGUUAUUAGCAGGGAGGAGAUCUUUCUCUUCUUCCCAUAGUUCCACCACCUUGAAGCUGCAUAAGGACUCAUGUUUCUUUUCUUUUUUUUUUUCUCUCUCUCUCUUUUGUUUAAAUAGUGAAAAUGAUAGUACAGUUUAAUAGGAAAGGAAUAUCCUUUCAAUAGACUGAAAGCAGGUCAUCUCUAGAGAGAACAAGAACAACCAAACCCAUAUUUUAUUUUCUUGUUUUUUUUCCUUUUGGUGGG